AUGGCGACGGACAGUGCAGCACUGGCUGAGCAAUACGUUGCCCCACCUAUGACUCCAGAGCAGGAAGAUGCAAUCAUCUACACCCGAAUAACGAACGAUGAAAGGGCUCUCCGUCGUGUCAUCAAGAAGUUCCAUACCUAUGCGGCCAUCGCCAAAGACAGUGUACCAGGCAUUUCAAGUGCGAGGGAUGACGCACGCGACGCGUUCCUGGUGGAACUUGCCUCGUUCGACCUACAGCUCAAGAAGAGCUCGAUGGUCUGUGAAGCAGAGGCGAGGCAGGUGGAAGAAUACCGAAGGGAAAGACAGCGGAUAGCGGACGAACACAUCAAACUACGUGGUCAGAUUGAGCAAUUGAAGACGUCGUUAGAGCACGCUCAGAUGCUGCGAAGGCGAAAGAUGGAGUACGACCAAGUGGCAGAGAAGAUUAACGCCCUCCCCAGCCGAGAUGAACUGCAGGAGACAAUCGCGUCUCUCGAGAGUGAUAUGGCGACCAUCCAUCUUGAGCACGAAGCCCAGGAAAAGACAUUGCAGGCCCAAAGAGAUGCCAUCCAUGAUGUUGUCGCCGACCUCUCCUCCCUUCGUCUGCUUGGAAAGGACGGAGCUGAUUUAGGAACAUCGCGAACUGGUACACCUACCCCAGACGGAACGUCAGGGGACCACGGGUCAGCCCAAAAGCAGGAAACACCCGAAGUAGGUGCCAUAAGAGAGGAAAAAGAAGAUGGAGAAGACUCCUCCUCCGAUGGUCCACCCUCUACGACUACGGCGAAUUCUAUGAACCCUUAUGCUAAACCCUUCUCGCCCGGCUCGGUUGCGGCGACGAAUCGGUUACUCAGGAUACGCUCGACCGCAUCGGGAGCCUCGGGUUCCGCUGCGCCGUCUCUUUCGCCCAUGCCAUUCAGGAAACUCGUGGACGACGACGACGAUAUCGAGAUGGGGGAAGUUGCGGAAGAUGGCGAAGAAAGGAGGGAAUCACGGAGGGCGAAGAAAAAGGCGGCGGAAGAUGAGGAACCGGAAGAAGGCGAAGCAACAGACGCGAGUAGCGAGCUGUCUGAACCUCCGGACGAUUGAGAAUAUAAGUCUUUUCC